UUGAUCGCAGUCUCGUGGUGCAUCUUCAUCCAGCAACAUCAUCUUCAUAAUCAUGUGGAAAAUAAUUGCAAUCUCAUUGGUUCUAAUUGGUAUCUCAUCUGGACGAUUUACCGAAAAAACAAGAUAUGAUCGAUCAAAGGAUUUCGAUGAAAAACUACAAGAUUUAGAAGAAAAAAAAGAAGAUCGAACAACAUUUACUGAUCAUGAUACAAAAUACAUUGCAUAUAAAGACGUUGAAGAUGGUACUUGUUAUUUGGAAAAAAUAAAAAAGGAUAGAUUAAAAGCAGUACUUGCUGGAACAUACAAUGGAAGAGUUUUAUAUCCAUCACAUCAAUCAUUGACAGAACUUGAAGGAUGGAAACUUGCUGGUGGUAGAAUUGUUGAUUUUUGUCAUGGUACAGCAAUGAAGAUUCUUCAAGAAUUUCAAGAAAUACCAUCAGACACACAAGAUCCAUUUUACAAUGAGCUACCAAUUGAUGAAAAUGAUAUAUUUCAAAAAAGAGUAAGUGAUGUUGUUCUUACACCACUAAAAGAACGUGCAAAACGUGAAAUAUUAACAGAAAAACGUGAAAAAAUAAAUAACGAAUUAUUAAGAUCACGUCGUCAAGCAUCACCAAGUGGUAAAUCAAGAUUUCAUGGACAAACACAAUCACAGUAUCUUAGUAAUGAUGCUGAAAAAGAAGGAAAAGCUGAAGCUGAAGCAACAAAUGAAUCAUCACGUGCUCUUGUCAGUGGUACAAGUGGAAUGGGUCAAGCACAGAGUAUGACAACAGGUGGUGGUGGUUGUGAUGAUUGUCCAGGUACAAGUGGUUAUGGAUUGACUGGUGUAAAUGGAGCUAAUAGAGUUAUCAUUGGACCAGAUGGAGUUGUUAUACCAGGUCGAGAUGGUGUAACUGGUGGAAGAGUUACAGGAGGAGCAAUACAAUAUCCAGGAACAUCUGUAAAUUAUCCAGGUGCUCCUGGAAGCUAUCCAGGAAUGAUAGGUGGCUAUCCAGGUGGUUCUGGUGGCUUCCCAACUGGUGGAACAACAGGAAAAGUACCAGGUAGUGUAAUUGGUAAUUAUCCAGGCAGCUCGCCAGGUGUUGGAACAACAGGAAUAUAUUUACCAGGAACAAAUACAGGUAUUGGAGGAAAUCGUGGAGUUGGAGAAACAAAUGGUAGAGUACCAGCUGGAUAUCCAGGAGCUCCUGGAACUUAUCCAACAGGAAGUGGAAUUCCAGGAUCUACUGGUGGAAUACCUGGUGGUACUAUCACGUAUCCAACUGGUGUCAAUGGAGGUACUCCAGGUUACACAGGUAUUCCAGGAUCAUAUCCAGGAGGUGUUAUAGCACCUCCAGGAAGUCCAGGAAAUUAUCCUGGUGUAGGAGGCACUGGUGGUUACCCUGGUGGAGUUCCAGGUGCAAUUGGUAAUUUUCCUGGUCAAGUGCCUGGUGGUGUUUCGACAGUUGGAGGUGAACGAGGUACCACAACUGGUGGACCAGGAACUGUAACACUUGGUGGACAAGGAAAUGUUAGUCCUGGUUAUCCAGGAUCUGUUGCUUAUCCACCAGGAAUGCCAGGGGGUUAUCCUGGUACUGCUGGAACUAGUGGUUAUCCAGGAAGCUCAAUUCCUGGAGGUUAUCCAUCAGGUAUUGUACCACCACCAGGUGUUCCAAAUGGUUAUCCUGGUACAGGUAGUCCUGGAGGAUCAAACAUUCCAAGCUAUCCAGGUACUAUUGGCACUUAUCCAACAGGAGGCAGUCCUGGCUCAGUAGCAACACCAGGUGGAUAUCCUGGUGCUGGUAGAUAUCCAGGAACAACUUUGACUGGUCCUGGUUUAUACACACCCGGUAGUGGAACACAAACUGGAAUACCAGGAGGUACAGGAAGAUAUGCUGAAGGUUCAACAACUCCCGGGUCCAGUGGUAUUCCAACAGGUACUGGAACUCAAGGUGGAAUGCCAGGAGGUCCAGGAAUAUAUCCAGGUGGUUUACCAAAUGGUGGAAUGCAACCUGGACUUCCAGGUAGUCCAGGAAUGUACCCUGGAGGUUCUCCAACUACUGGAACCAGUGGUGUUUCAAUUCCUGGUAAUGGAGGUGUAAUUCCAUCGGGAAAUUAUCAACCAGGUAACGCAGGAAAUUAUCCAGGAGGAAAUCAACCUGGAGGAUGGCAAAAUGGGGCCACAAAUGUACCUCAAAAUUAUCCUGGAGCAACGCCAGGUACUACUGGGAUUACAAAUGGUAAUUAUCAUCCAGGAACUCCUGGAACUUAUCCAGGUACAAGUAUACCUAGUGGAUGGCAGGGUGGAGUUCCCACUGGUCCUCAAACAUACCCUGGAGGUCCAACAGGCCAAGGCUUUCCUGGUUCAAUGCCUGGAGGAUAUCCAACAUCAGGAACUCAAGGUGUACCUGGGGCAAGCUAUCCCGGUGGUGCUGUAUCUCCAAAUGGUCAGCAACAAUAUCCAGGAGUUUCUGGUACACCUGGUACUGGUAGUAAUACAUAUCCUGGGACUGGAGUAAACACUCCAUCAUAUCCAGGAGGAAAUAUUCCUCAACAGCAGUAUCCUGGAGCUCCUGGAACAACUGGAGGUGUCUAUCCCGGACAAGUAGGAGUUGCUGGAUUGCCAGUUACAACUGGAAAUAUUUACCCUGGUUCGGGAAAUGUUGGAGGUAUUCCAGGCACAACUGGAAAUAUUUAUCCUGGCUCGGGGAAUGUUGGAGGUAUUCCAGGCACAACUGGAAAUAUUUAUCCUGGCUCGGGAAAUGUUGGAGGCAUUCCAGGCACUACUGGAAAUAUUUAUCCUGGCUCGGGGAAUGUUGGAGGCAUACCAGGCACAAGUGGAAAUAUUUAUCCUGGCUCAGGGAAUGUUGGAGGCAUUCCAGGCACAAUUGGAAAUGUUUAUCCUGGUUCAGGAGGUGUUUAUCCAAAUACUGGAAUACCAGGACAAGCUGGAAUAAUUUAUCCAGGUACUACUACUGGUGGACAUUUAGGUACAUCAGAUCAAAGUGGUAUAGUUGAUGAUGGCUCUGAUUCAAGUGCAUCAAGUUCAGUAACACAAAGUGAAAAAGGAACAGAAGCAAGUGCAUCAGCUGAUGGAACAUUUGGUAGUGGUACAGCACAAUCAAAAGUAUCAGGUAUAUAUACUGGUUCUGGUUCAUUUUCAGCACAAGCUGGUACAAGUGAUGGUAAUAAAGGUGCACAAACACAAGUAUCAGGUGGUAAAGAGGGUGCAAUGAGUAAUGCACAAGGUAGUGGUGGACAAGGUAAAAGUCAAUCACAAGUACAACUUAAUUCUGAAACUGGUGGUACAUCAACAAAUGCACAAAGUAGUGGAUGGAAUCAUGGUACAAAUUCACAAGUACAAGCAAGUGAAAAAGGUGGUAUGGCUGAUGCACAAGCUAAUGGUGAAGGUAAUACAUCAAGUCAAGCACAAAUUGGUUUUAAACCAUAUACAGGAAAUGAUAAUGAUCAAGAUAAUACAAAACCAUUUAGAGGUGGUGGUACAUCAUCAGCACAAAGUGGUACAUACAGAGGACAAUCACAAUCACAACUUGAAGGAUCAUUUAAAUAUGGUAUAACAUAUACUGGUGCUGCACAAGCUGGUUCUGGUUCUGGUGCUCAAGCAUCACGUAAACCAUUUAAUUUUACAAAUACAGAUAAAAAUUUAUUUAAAAAAUUUGAUAAACAAGAAACAAUUAAAGUUAGUACUGAUGUUAUUACAACACCAGCAACAACAACAGCAAAAAUAAUAACAACAACAACUCCAUUACCAUCAACAUCAAUGAGUGAUGAAAAUUUAAGAUUAAGUUCAAGUUCAAGAAAAACAGUUGUUACUAAAUUAACAAGUGAUACAAUUGGCAGAAGAAGAGAAAUUAUUCCAGUUGUACCAAUUGAUGAACAAAAAACAAGAGAUGAUCAUGUUGUUUAUGAAAGUGGAAAUGAAGAAUAUGAAGAGGAAGAAUAUGAAGAAGAAGAUUAUGAUACACCAUCACCAAAAACAAGAAGUGGAUCUGAUAGUACAAGACAAAAUCAAAUUGUCAAUAAUAAUGAUAAUAAACAUGAUGUUAAAAUUAUUCCAGAUAGUAUAAAAUUCAAACAGGGUGAUGUACUUGAACCUGGUGAAAGUUUACCAGGUUAUACAAUACCUACUGGUCUUAGAGGAAGAGUUGCAGCUGUCUCAGGUGAAAGAGCUGUUGCACAGGGACAUGGUAGAUUACAAUCUCAAACAGCUAAUUUAGGAACAAAUUUACAGCAAAGAAUUCAAACUGGAAAUAACGAUGAAAAAAUUAUUAGAAGAUAUCCUGGUGGUUCAAGAAAUUCUCAUCAUCAUAAUAAACCACACAGUGGAAAUACCAGAUCAAUGGACACAAAUCCAGUUAAACAAAAUUACGUUACAGUUACAAAUAGCAUUGCUGGAAAAAUGGGUGAACAAAAACCAAAUUAUGAACAUCGUUAUUAUACAAAAAGUUCAACAUGUGGGUACUUUACAUUUUCAUGUAAUAUCGUUCAUGGUUCAAAUGGUAGAACUAAAAUUUGUAAACCAAAAUUACCAACAAAUUCUGAUGGUACACCAAUCAAGUGUUGAUCAUGAUUUUUUUUUACUUUUUUACUUUAUUUUUCACACAAAAAUCUAAUGCACUUAUAAUUUUUAAU